UUCGUGAUACGGUCAUUGUUGUUUAUCAAUUAGCGCAAUUAACUCAUGGGAUUUUAUCUUUUUUCAAAAAUUACAAGCUCUUAUUUUAAAUCAAUUAAUUCGAUUUCCGUCGCUAAUUAUUGCGUGAAAAUGUCAAAAACAGCGAUAUUAUUAUUAGCUGAAGGAGCUGAAGAAAUGGAAGCCGUGAUAACGGCAGAUGUUUUACGACGUGCCGGGGUUCAAGUUACAAUUGCUAGCAUUAAUGAUGAGAAAUGUGUAAAAUGCAGUAGAGAUGUAAAAAUUUGCACCGAUUCAAAUUUCACUGAUGCUACUAAAGAUAAAAAUUACGAUGUUGUCGUGUUGCCUGGUGGAGUUGGUUAUAAAAAAUUGGCGGCCUCUCAAUGUGUUGGAACUUUAUUGAAAGAUCAAGAAUCAAAAAAGGGAAUUAUCGCUGCAAUUUGUGCAGCUCCGGUUGUUUUAAAAGCCCAUGGAAUUGCUAAAGGAAGUAAAAUUACUUCCUAUCCAUCCACUGAAAGUGAUUUAAAGGACGAUUACAAAUACAUUGAGGAUCAAAAAGUCGUCACUGACGGCAAUAUAAUAACGAGUCGAGGACCAGCGACAGCUUUUGAUUUUGGUUUGGCGAUUGUCGAAAAAUUAUUAGACAAAGAAUCUGCGCUCACAGUAGCAAAAGCAAUGCUCUACACAGAUUAUAAAUAGAUUAUUAGGAAAAUGAUUCAGAAUCAUUAUAAAAAAAUCAAUUUUCUUUAUAGUUUUUCAAGGAUUAAUUUAAUUAAACCUAAAUAAGUGAAUAAUUAACAAAUUCGUAUAGU